CUUGGUGAGAAGAGUUGACGCUUUUCCAAACCUAACAACUCUGGCUUACAUCCUCCAUCUAAUUCUCCAUUCAUUUUGUUAGGUUGAUCUUUGGAUGGUGAAUUAGUCAUUUAUGCCUUCCAGAGCUUGAUUUCUUGCAAAUAUUAAUUAAGAUGGAUGAAGAACAAAAUCAUCACCAUUUACCUGUCUCUUCUGCGUCUUCCAGCGGUUCCAUAAAUGAAGUUCCAGAAGUUACUACUUCAUCAAGUUCAGCAGCAUCUUCCCGAGUACAAGAAGAAGAAGAAGAUAACCAGCAUGAACAAGAACAAGAGCUACUUCAGACGAGCUCCUCUCGUGUAUCAAUCGUUCGUUAUCUUAACGAUCCAUCGAAUGAUGAUUCUUGGUCAUGCCUUGCCAUGCUUUUCACAUUUUGGUUCUUCGCAUCCAUGACUUUGAUUCUGGGUUUCUACGGACCUCUUAACUUGCGAGUAGGUCCUAAUUGCUCCCGCCUCAUACAGAUGAACUCAUUCUUCAUAAGUGACAUCAAGGUUCAAGAAUUAGCAGGGCCGGCAGAUGGACUUAUGCUGUACAGUUUUCACCGCCCUCCUCCACUAGAUGUCGAGACGACAUGGUCUGAAACUUAUAAUGAGUCUUUACCAGCAUUUACACAUGCGGAGUGGAUAUUUUUUCUAAACAAAGGGUCUGAGAUAAACAUUUCAUACAGUGUGAAAUCUCAGGGUUCCGUUUUAUUCCUUGUGAUUGCUGAAGGAAAAGAAAAUUUUAUUGAAUGGACGCAGGACCCUUCAUAUCCUAAUAUCACAUCAUCAUGGAACAUCAUUCAGGGGACUGGUGUCAUCCAAAAGAAACUUUCAGCGUCUUCUGAUUAUUAUGUUGCAGUAGGAAACAUAGAUCCUGUGGAGGUUGAGGUGCACUUGAACCUCAAUAUCAGGGCUAAACUGUAUAAUACCACCAAGGCGUAUUUCAAAUGUUCCCUGGCCAAAGGUCCUUGUGUGUCAUAUGUCUCAUUUAUGCGAACAGAUGUUGCUGUCUUGACCUCUUCUAAUCUGAAACAGGAUCCGCAAGGCGAUGACUGGUAUGUCAAACUUUCAUAUGGCGAAAGAUGGCUGUCUUACAUUCUUGGCUCAGGCAUAAUGACCGUACUCGUAUUAGUGGUCUUCAAGAUGUGUGUCAAGUGCCAAUCCGCUGUUGAUGGAACGGGUUAUCAACAAAGAAAUAACCUUGGAUACGACAGCUAUCAACAAAGAACUAACCUUGGACACGACAGAAGCCCGUUACUUGUAAACAAAGAUGAUGAUCUCUCUAGUUGGGGUUCCUCUUACUGUUCUGGUUCUAAUGACGAAGAGGAUCUUGAAGACUCUAAAAUUGUUGGUUCCCUAGAAGGAAACUCAUCAAAAGACGGAGAAAACAGCAGCUCCCAUCGACUAUGUGUCGUUUGCUUUGAUGCUCCGCGAGACUGCUUUUUCCUCCCCUGCGGACAUUGUGCCACCUGUUUUACCUGCGGAACAAGGAUUGCAGAAGAAGCUGGUACUUGUCCCAUAUGUCGCAGGAAAAUGAAGAAAGUCAAAAGGAUAUUCGCCGUUUAAGUAGAAUCAAAGCAUUAACCCAAA